AUGAGGUCCCAUUUGUGCCAGCCAGAGCCCAGGGCAGGCAGCAAGAGACCCUGGCCCAGGGUCUGGGCGCUGUGUAUGGACAUCCCUGCUUCUCGGGGGGCCGGCCCUCUCUGCUCCCAUAGGACACGCUUGCUCUGGGGCCCGGGCAGGCCCUUCUUCGCUCUGGUGCUGCUGGCUUCCAUCAAGCAAGUUACAGGAUCUCUGCUUGAGGAGACAACUCGGAAGUGGGCUCAGUACAAGGAGAAGUGUCUGCGAGAUUUACUCAAGGAACCUUCUGGUAUAUUUUGUAAUGGAACGUUUGAUCGGUAUGUGUGCUGGCCUCACUCUUCUCCUGGAAAUGUCUCUGUUCCCUGCCCUUCAUACUUGCCUUGGUGGAAUGAAGAGAGCUCAGGAAGGGCCUACAGACACUGCCUGGCUCGGGGGACUUGGCAGAUACUAGAGAACACCACAGAUAUUUGGCAGGAUGACUCCGAAUGCGCCGAGAACCACAGCUUCAAACAAAACGUGGAUCAUUAUGCCUUGCUGUCAACCUUGCAGCUGAUGUACACCGUGGGAUACUCCCUCUCUCUUAUCUCCCUCUUCCUGGCUCUCAGCCUCCUCUGGUUUCUUCGAAAACUCCACUGUACUCGCAACUACAUCCACAUGAACUUGUUUGCGUCGUUCAUUCUGAAAGCUGUGGCCGUACUGGUGAAGGAUGUCGUCUUCUCUAACUCCUACUCAAAGAGGCCUGACGAUGAGAGCGGGUGGACGUCCUACCUGUCCGAGGUGUCCACCUCCUGCCGCUCUGUCCAAGUCCUGCUGCACUACUUCGUGGGGGCCAACCACUUGUGGCUCUUGGUCGAAGGCCUUUACCUCCAUGCACUGCUGGAGCCCACAGUGCUUCCUGAAAGACGGCUGUGGCCCAGAUACCUGGUUGUGGGUUGGGCCUUCCCUGUGCUAUUUGUUGUCCCCUGGGGCAUUGCCCGUGCACUCCUGGAGAACACAGGGUGCUGGGCAACAAAUGGGAAUAAGAUAAUCUGGUGGAUCAUCCGAGGACCCAUGCUGCUUUGUGUAAUGGUCAAUUUUUUCAUCUUCCUGAAAAUUCUCAAGCUACUCAUUUCUAAGCUCAAAGCCCAUCAGAUGUGCUUCAGAGAUUAUAAAUACAGAUUGGCAAAGUCAACACUACUCCUCAUUCCUUUAUUGGGUGUUCAUGAGAUCCUCUUCUCUUUCAUCACUGAUGAUCAAGUUCAAGGAUUUUCCAAACUUAUACGACUCUUCAUCCAGUUGACCUUGAGCUCCUUCCAUGGAUUCCUCGUGGCCUUGCAGUAUGGCUUUGCCAAUGGAGAGGUAAAGGCUGAGCUUUGGAAGUCCUGGGCCCGCUUCUUGCUCGCCCGGAAUUCAGGCUGCAGAGCCUGUGUCCUUCGGAAGAACUUCGGGCUCCUGGGGAAGUGUCCCAAGAAGUUCUCAGAGAGAGACGGCAUCCAGAUAAUUCGCAAGCCGCAGGCCUCCGUCGACAGCUCCCGCCUGGCCUUACAGGGUCUGCGGGAGCUGGACACCUGGCCUCACCAGGACCACAGAGCCUGGCCCCGGGGCAUCAGCCUUUCUGAUAGCAGCGAGGGGGACUUCACUCUGGCCAACACCAUGGAGGAGAUUCUGGAAGAGAGUGAGAUCUGAGGCAGAGGAUUUCACUCCAGCUCCGCAGGCUGGGGACUCCUGAGAAGGACGAGGACGCAACAUGCAAA